GGCCUCGACCACUUGCCUCUGGACGUGACAAGCAGGUACAGCCUCGACGGUUGGUGGGACUUGAGGGUCAGCUCGGAUGCCGUCAAGCCCCUUAGUUCGAGGAGGAGAGUCACCCUCAGGGGCCACGUCGCUCUCACACGGGUGUCGGAGUGUCGGUUGAAGGUCGUCCUCGAAAAUGCCUUCUUUAGCGAUUGGAAGAGCCAUCCGCGCCCGAAGUCGAGACGUGGGUCGUGGUGUCCGGCGGAGAAGUGCGGGCGGUGUGUGGUCGUCCGGAGGCCACGCCCACGAAGACCCAAGCCGCCCACGCCCACUCCCUGGCCAGGAGCGUCGUGUCCGCCGUCCUGAACGUCGCUACGACCUCGUGGGACUUCAGGGACGCGCUGCUGCUGGAGACGGACCACCUGGGACGCUGCGAGACCCAGUACCACCUGGAGCACCUCGCCCCCACCCACUACACCAUCUCGAGAACCAGGGACCUCUCCACCUGCCAGCCCAGCGCUCAGACCGCCGUCAGGAGAGACAUUUCAGUUUUUCCCAGACUCACAGACACAGCAGUUUGGGGAUGCCGACACACGUUCCUCGGCAGCGUCCCCACCCACGCAGCAGCAGCGGCGAGGGCCUCCUGCACAACGUAUCGUGCCACCAGGACGUGAGGGUCGACAACGCGGCCGAUUUUGCGUCCAAACUCAACCUGACUUUCGUCGAGUCUCGAUACAGUGGCUUGGGAGACUCUGAUGCCGUUGGCCUCGUCGAACUCAACCUUGACAACGCUGCCUUACGACGUGCAAGCGACAAACAACCUUACGACCUCGUCAGGCAACUUCUGCAGGAGAUGUGCGACGAAACGGAACAUCGCGUCACGCCGAAAGCAACUAUACUUUACUCUACUUUGGUUUCCAGUCUUAAAGAUUUGAGCAAAGACGAGGUCAUACGAGUUUUCAAGGAGGUGACCUCAGGGGACGUAUGCAGCCAACACAGCAGAGUUCGAAAACUAUACGAGGACGCUCUCCGUGACUCCACUUCCCCCGCCGCUGCUGCAGCCAAGUGUCAACUGAUGACGUCACGAGCAGUUGUUCACAAGCCCAGCUGGAUAACCUCUCUGGGGCACGUGCGAGGCCCCACCGAGGACGCCCUUCACACCUGUAUGGAGCUCCUCGAGGGUCCCAACUGGCAGCAGGCCGUGCUUGGCGUGUCAGGGAUGGCGAGGCGGGCGGCCGAGGAGGCGUGCGUGGGCGUCCGUGGGCGGCGACGGUGUGUCCUGAACAACUCUAGGUGUCAGCAAGGUGGUGACAGAUGUGGUCUCGCCCAAGCGGUAGUGGCAAUCAUAGACCAGCUGGCGAGUCGCCUCACCGCCUGCAGCCACGCGGAUGCAGAUGGUGUCCACCAGACGGUCUUGGCCAUGCGAGGGCUGGGCAACGUGGGCGUGUACGGGCGUGGCGUGAGUGAAAUCCUACAGACAUGUGGCGGCGAUGCCAGCGUGAACACUACCGUCCGUGUGGCUGCCGUCAUCGCCCUGGGCCGAGGACCUUGCCCCAUGCAGACCACAAACUGGCUAAAGUGGGAGGUCCUUAAUGAAACGGUGGGGGCGGAGCUACGGAUUGCCGCCUUCCGGUCCCUGCACUCCUGCAAUUCCAACGAAGCCGAAGAUGCAGCCAUCCUUAUCACCAAGAGGGAUUCGGACACCCAAGUCAAGUCCUACGUGAGCAGCUUCGUGCCCAGUGACGGCGACGACAGAAAGGACCUCCGCCAGUUCUCCCAGCACUUGGUCGCGAAUCUGACGUCGCUGACAGGGGUUUCGGACACGCUGCUCGAAACCGACGUCGUGUUCCAGAGUUCGUUCUUGCCGAGGAGCGUCGACUUCAACCUGACUUCCUCGUGGCUGAAAUAUUUUGGCGGGAGUGUUCAGUUUGGCGGCCGACUGGAGAACCUCGAAGACCUGCUUCAGACCCUCUUCGGACACGACGGCUCAGCGGGCGGGACGGUGCGAGAGUGGGUCGACGCCCUCCUGCAGAAGCUCCGGGAGGUCUUCGCCGGCGCCUCCAGGGACUUCGUGGAGAGCCGCCAGAGGGAGAAGAGGAGCUAUGACGUGGAUGAUGUCAAGGCGAUUCUGGCCAAGGUGAAGCAAGAGGUGGUGACGGAGCUCCGCGGAUGGGCGUACGUGGCCAUGGGCGGUCAGGAUGCUCUCUUCUCGUCCUAUGCGCUGGAUCCCCUGACGCUGCAGUGGGAGGCUCUGCUGGACCAGUGGCUGGAACGGGUCUUCGAGGCGUCCUACUCUGCUCUUCUCAACUCUAAUGUGGAAUUAGCAUCAGGAUGGGCGGCGGUGGACGAGUCUGUGAGGUCCUGGAGCCUGCUGGGGACGCCCUUGGAAGUGUCCCAAAGGAUGGGCGGGAUGGUUGCCGUCGGAGGGUAUUCCAAGGUCGAUAUUUUGAGCCUCCUGACCAACCCCAAUUCAGCGACGGUCAAUCUUGCUCUCUCACCUAGCGCGGGCACAUACGUGGUGUCAGAACUAAGCGUCGUUUCUCUAUCCGGAGAUGUAACAGCAUCUGUGUCUUCUCCCAAAACGGCGGGUUGUGACGUAACAGCAUCACUGACCGUCAACGGCGGUGGCGACAGUAUGGAGCUGAAGGUGGACCUCCCGGAGAACUCUUAUCACGGCUACAGCACUCAGGUCACUCGCGCCCUUCGCCACCCACCGGUGAGUGGCCGAGACCUUGGGAAUACUGAAGGUGACGACGACGACGAUGAUGACGAUGGUGAUGACGAUGACAGCGGAGAUAAUGCCUACGAGUUCUUUGACGGUGAUUUCGAAGACGACGACGAGGAAGACAUCGACGGAGAGUGCCUCGAGAACCAGACCACCCCGAGACAGCAAGGGGGCGCUGAAAGAGGAGGCAGGAGGUUCGCCGGGAGGUCCUUCAGGCACAGGACAUGCAACGCUGCCCUGGCCGACGUGCUGGGCCUGAAGGCACGGACGGACACGCGCUGGGCCAGGGGGAGGCACGCGGCGACCUUCCUGAAGAAGAGCUACGUCCACAAGGCGGAGAGGGACAUCACGGGAUACAAGCUGGCUUUCUCGUGGAAGAAUCCUGGUGUCAACUCGCUCUUCCUCGACGUGCACGUGGAGGCCGAGGGUGCCAAGCGGGAGCGCAAGGCCGACCUCGUCUUCGGGUUCACUUACAGUCCCCACGUCACCCUCAAGAUCCUACUCGUCAGCCAGCAGUUCUCGGCCUCGGGAGAAGUGUCUGUGGUGAACGACCCCAACUUGAAGCGUCUGGAGGUCCACAUGGGCUACGGGGGGAACGAGUACGGCUUCAAGGGUGAGCUUCUGAUGGUGACGGAUGGAGGGCAGGUCAGCGUGAAGCCCCGCCUGGUGAUCGCAUACCCGGGCACGCAGGAGGACGCGCUGCUGGAAGGCUACAUGGCCAGGUACCUCUCCGAGAAGGUCCGGAGCCUCACCCUCGACCUGUACACCGAAGGGACGCUCAAGGAGUACUUCGACGCGGCUCUCAAAGGCACCGUGGAAUACCGAACACCUGCUAAAGGAGACAGAGUGCUGACAAUUAAGAAUUUGCACUUCUCCACGCCCCGCCACGCCCUCGGCCUCGAAGCCUCCUUUGCUCUCAGGGACAAGGCUGUAGAAGGUCAAGUGCAGGUCACGUGGGGAGGACAAGUGGUGGUGCUCGACGGCAGCGUGCUCAACCUCGGCUCGGGGAAGAACGACCAGCACUUCGAGGUCAACCUUCAGAUGCUCCUCCCAGACCAUCCUCAUCUGGACACGAGGAUCAACUGCGUCACGAAGGUUUUAUGAUGCGGAGGUCACCAACAACAUGACCAUGGUGGUGGGACCCGAGGCGACCCGCAGAGACAUCCAGGUCAUCCACUCCACGUCUUGGCGGUUCACGAAGCCCACCACGCCCAUCCACUCUCCCGGACACGACCAGGACC